AUGGCGUCGCUGUCAUCGACUAUCACAGACUUUCCGCGUGAGCAAGCAAAACGUCGUCGUCUUUGUCGUCAUCCUAAUAGUAGCAACAAUAGUAGUACUAAUAGUAAUAAUAGUGGUUGUCAUCGUGUUCACAUGGACGAGGCACUGCACUACAAACGACGAAGAAUAAAGAAGAGAAGAAGGUGCGAACGCGCGCCCUCGACGGGGCGUCUCUCUCUGUUUUCUGUUUUCUGUUUUCUCUCUCUUUCUCUCUCUCUCUCUCUCUCUCUCUCUCUCGGUGGUCGCGCGUGCCAAACUCUCUUUCUGGUCCGAGCGUGCGGAGAGAGAGAGAGAGAACGACGAGGAGCGUGUUUCUCGUGGUCGAGGUGGUCUUCUCGUUUCGAUUUCAAGCGUAGCACGCCUCGCGACGCACUUCGGAACGGCGGCGUUGGCUCGUCGAACGCUCGCCGACGAGUUCGCGUGGCUCCACCGCCUCCUCCUCCUCCUCCUCCUCCUCCUCCUCCUCCUUCUCUUCUUCCUCCUCCUUCUCCACCACCACCACCACCUUCCUCCCCCUCCCCCUCUCCCUCUCCCUCCGCCACCUCCACCUCCGCCUCCACCACUACCAGCAGGACAACCACCACCACUUGCACCACCACUGCCACCACUAGCAGCAGCAGCAGCAGCAGCAGCAGCAGCAGCAGCACCAGCAGCAGCACCAGCAGCACUUGCAGCACGCACCGCGCCGGCGACGACGCUCUUCGAGCACCGAUCACCGCCGACUGCCGGCGUCGACGCUCUCUCGACGUACGCGCUCCUUCUUGGCGCGAGCGCCGCGGACAUUACGUGCCAAGGGGACCUUCCGACCGCAUCUUCUGUCUCUCCGCUGCCAAUAGAGUUCAAAGAGCAUUCACCACUUCCUCUUUCUUACGGCCGACGAGACAGUACACCCGACGAUCAGCUGAUCGCCACGCGCUCCAACCCCCUUGUUUCUCUCUCUCUCUCUCUCUCGCUCUAUCUAAGUGUCUAUCUAUCUAUCUAUCUAUCUUUAUCUCUGUCUCUCUCUCUCUCUCUCUCUCUCUCUCUCUCUCUCUCUCUCUCUCUUGUCCUAUCCCUAAAGAAAAUCACUGCAUUCACAUUCUCUCUCUCUCUCUCUCUCUCUCUCUCUCUCUCUCUCUCUGUCAUUCGCUCUCUAUAUAAUUUUAUCUACCUAGGAAUAUUGACAGUUCGUUUCUUUUUUUUCUGUCUUUCCUUCUUUUUGUGUGAAAAGCUUCUAUAUACACGAUCUGUCUAUCCUACGUUUCAGAGCACGAGCUACAACCAUCCACUCGUCUCGGCGGCCGGGCGUGCACUGCCUUCCUCGAUCGCCGGUUGGUUCACGAGAUCCUCCGUACAACUCUCCUCGUCGGUGCGCGAGGCCGUUCGCCCGUGUAUCGGCCCUCCCGUAUUUCUCUUCGUCUUCUUAUUACAGCCAACACCGACCGUAGCCGGUGGCCGCGACGUCGGGUUUUUCCCUUUUUGUCCAAUCGAUCGUCUCAUCGAACUAUUCCAGAAAAAGUGCUUUUCCUUUUUUAAUUUUUUUUUUCUUCGUAUUACCAAUCGAAAGAAUAAAUCGUGUAAGUCGAAGAGUGAAGAAAGAGAGGGGAAAAAAUAUGAAAGGAGAGAAAAUGAAAAUAAAAAAAAAAAUAAGAAAAGAAAGAACAAAUCAAUAUAGCAAUUUCAUUCGUAUAUUUACAUGGCCGAAUAAGUUCACCUACGGAAUCGUUUAUUUCAACGGCUGAAAGAUAAUGUUCGCGCAUUGCGGCGUUUUUAUCGAAUACCUACCUACCUAUCCUAUCCUAUCCUAUCCUAUCCUAUCCUAUCCUAUCUAGCUAUGCAACCUUCUUCCUUAUUCUGGCAUUCGUUCUGUAAAAGUUCCGACAAGCUGUCGGUAUAUCCGAGCGUGGAACUUUUAAAUUGAGUGCAUCGCGAGUGCCGACGAUGUACGGACGUCAUUCUGACGGUUGAUUUCCUGUCUGUCCCUGAGAGCGUCCGUCUCGCGCCUGACAACGCGACUGGCAUGGCCUGCGAAUAUUCGUUAUUUUUUCUUUUUUGUUACUUUUUUCGUUUUUUCUCUUCUUUUUUUUGUUUUUCUUGUCCUUUUUUUCCUCUCUUUGAAGGAUAUAACUUUUCGAGAUACAAAUCUACACCAACGAAAACGUCGAAGGAAUAUAGAUAUAGAAUAUAAGAAAACAGUUGAAAAAGCAGCGAGAGAUCGAAUGGUGAUGUUCGAUGACGAAGGAACAAAGAAUCUCUCUCUCUCUCUCUCUCUCUCUCUCUCUCUCUCUCUCUCUCUCUCUCUCUCUCUCUAGAUCGAUCGAUCGCCGAAGGCCGUAGAUGUGGGUGUCACUAUCCAAGACUUUCGUAGCGGAAUCGAUCCAACGCUUUUUCUACGGUGUGACCGGGAUGUAGACAAAUCAAUGGCCACGCCUUGGAGAAACAGAACCGUUGUCUAACGAAGACAAAGACGCCUACGUUCGAAUACUAUCGCGAGAUCCAAAAAAUUUUCUUAAGAAAACACCUCCUUCGAUAAUUGCUUCGUUCUAUGUUAAACUCCGAACUGACUGACUGACUGACAGAUUGACUGACUGAUUUUAAAAUACUUUUAAAAACAUGUUUUCCUUCGUACGAAUGAAAAUUCUAAUGGUUGAUCGGAAAGUAUUGUCGACUAGAAUAUCGAAAAUCGUAUAAGCGUUACCUCUCGAUAAAACGUACUGUAUACGAGGAAGAGAAUCCUAAUCUAUCCUCUUUCUUUUUCUCUUUCUCUUUCUGUCUUAGCGACGUACGGGAAUCUGAAGGCACGAGCGGUGUCUUAGGUAAUGGAGCCACGUACGACGAGGUCGCGACACGCGACCUCGAUAGGUCGAAGAACGUAGCAGGUACGCAAGAGGUUCAAUCAUUUUUUUCCGAUCAUCCUCGACGGCACGGUUCUUCUUCUCUUCUCUCCUUCUCGCAAAACUAUGCGUUUGCGUCGGGAAUCUUCGAUAUCAAGCAAACCUGAAAUUAUCAUAAACGCCAUCUCGAUUUGUGUGGACGACAGGUCCUUAUUUCUUUUAUUUAUUUAUUUGUUUCUUUCCUUUCCUUUUUUAAAACUCCAUUUUUGAUCUU